GAAAACAAAACACUAUCUCCUACUGACCCCCCCCCCCCCCCCAUAAGCAAAAAGCUGGUCCCUUGUAAGCAGAGCUUGGAGACAGCCGCUCAGACUAACUGAUAGCUGAAUGUUUCCUUUGGAAAGAUGUGACGCUGGCAGAAGCAGCCUUCGGACGGAUCAUUUUGCUUCAGCCCUCGAGGCCUUCCGCCUAGAUUUGAGGGUUGAAUGGAGUCGUUUUAUGAUUUACUCGACUGGCAAGGCGCUUGUUUACGGCAGCGAUUUGUGAGCAGCGUUGAGUGAGAGGCUUUUGGCAGAAAACGCGAUCGCUAUUUUUGGAUGUCAAGUCUCUAUUGGGCAUUAGGGAAGAGGCUUUGUCCGUAAUGAACCUCCAUUAUGUGGAGGAAAAGCACACGUGAAACAUUGCUCACUUACAGUCGAGUGAAGGCAGCAUUUCUCUUUACGGGGCCUUAUUCGAUGUUAGGCAACAGUUUCCUUCUCAGGAGAACUAUCCUAUCUGCUCUGAUAUGUAAGAGCUAUAAGAUAUAAACACAGUUACAUACAAAGUGAGUUUCAUGUAAACCUUGAUAUUUAUGACAGCAGGACAAAAGAAACUCUGCUGAACGUUGCAUUUUACUUCCUCGCCUCACUUUGCUUCUGGCUCUAUUCCUCUCUUCUGUGUAGCAGCAGUAGCUCUUGAGCUAUUGAGACAUAAAACACUGAGGGUUUUAGGUUUCUCCCCCUCUGUUUCUGACCCUGCAUUAUUAAUGUUACUUGCCCUGUCUCAUUUCCUUCUCUUUGCAAAUUAAUUGGUUGCUAAUUGAAUCUGAGAGCUAAUGUUAGAGUAUUACUCACUCACUUUCAGAUUGCCUUAAGGUGCAAGUUAAGUUAUCGUCGGACUUUUAUUGAUCUCUUGAUAUUCUAUAAAUGUUCUAUAAAACCGGCUAAAUGCGUUUUUAUUAAUAUGGCUUCAUACAGUGUCAAACAUGGGAUCAAUAGUGCUUUUAGUGAAGCUGUUGCUAUGCUGAUAAAAGCUUAUUUUUAUCAGAAAAAUCGAAAUAUUUUUCCUCUAUUCUUUUCAUUUUAAAUUGUAUUAUGAAUUUUUUUUUUUUUAACGUUUUCAGGGUUUGGGUUUUAGACACCUGAACAGAGGUACAGUAGCUCCCCCUCAUGGUACCUGGUGUAACCUGCUCUAGCAGACACCGGUGCUUAUCUUACUGCUGACUCGCUAGAAAUGCAACUAUUGACUGUAGACCUCAAGAAAACACACGAUACUGCAAGAGUCAAGAGAAGAAACCCUCUAGGCCUGAACACAUUUUGAGUCUCUGUUGCUCUUCCAACAGGUGAGGGCGUGGCUGGGAGCGAGAGUUGUAAAGUCCCCAGAAUUACACCACAUGGAGGUCAAAGGACAUCUGAUCACAUCCAUGGGUUUGGGGGCUCCUGAUGUUCAAGGCUGCCAGGACAGCAAGCUGCAGGCUGAGAGGGUUGCAGCUCUGCAAGAGAGGAAGCAGGCCCUGGAGGCUCUCCUCAACUCCAGAGUGGGAGAGCUCAAACAAGUCUGUUUGCAGGAAGCAGAGCUGACUGGGAAGUUGCCACAUGCCUUCCCCCUGGAGACGGGAGAGAAACCCCCACCGGUGCAGCGCAGAGCUGGCCUGCUGCCCAACGCCAAGGCAGAGGAUGAGGCGGCCCAAAGAAAGCAGAUGAAAGCCAUCUUCACUGGUGCUCUGUACCGACACUCGGAAUCAGACCGAAAUAUCCCAAAUAGCAAGAGGACAGUUCACCGGGGGUGUCACACAGAGGACACUGUCAUGUCAGAGAGUACAAGCUCCAUGUCAGAUUCAACAUCCCAUGACAACGAGUCGUCUCCCAGUGUGGCGGCUGACCAGCGCUCUCUGUCUCAACCCCGGCUCACAGUGGGCAGCCCCGACCACAGGAUCAGCAGGAAGCUGUCGCCAGUCGAGAUCUACUACGAGAUGAGGACACGCCGCAACUCCGUCACAAGCUCUGUCAGCCCGGCUCACUCUUUACCGAGAAGUGCAUCCAACAUCGAAGGCAGAAGUGUUCCAGCUACUCCUCUGUUGGCCCGAACCGCGCCAAUCAGCGUUCACGUCAGGUCGGAUGCGUCGGGUGGUAAUGGGUUGAAGCAGUGGUCUGGCAGCCUGGAUGUGCCCUAUAUGAUUCCGCUGGCCCAGGAGGGCUCUUCCUCUGACCGCCGAGGCUGCCCUUACAGCUCCCGGGCCAGGCGCAGUAACAGUUCCGAGGCCCUGCUGGAUAGAUCCAGCCUCCCUGACGAUCCUGCUCCCAGAAACGGGAUGCCCCCCAGAGGAGGGCCCUACAAGAGCUCAGAGACACUGACUGAUGGCAAGCUACGCCACAUUCACCUGGGCAGCCCCGAGAGACAUGCCGACGGCUCUGUGGACCAGGCCAAAAUGCGUCUGUCCAUGGGCGACAGAGCGGCCGGCGGAGGCUACAAUGAGCUGUUGAUGGACUAUAUCUGGGGCAAACAGCAGAGGGUGCAAGUGCAGCAGCCCCUGUACCAGUCCACAGGCAGGAUCUGGCAGGACAUGUCCUCUCCUCGCUCCUCCACCGCGGCGGUGCCUCCUCAUGCCAACGGCUUCUCCCAUUCCCAGGUGAACCUCCCCAGCGCCGCGCCUCCUUACAGCCCCAUGGUCCUUCGAGGGUCCCAAGCUGAGCUGCGCAGGGUCAAAGUCACCAGAACCAAAUCUUGUGGACCCUUUAUUCCUUUGCAGCAACAUCCCCAGGAUGCCAUCCUGCUCUCAGCGUACGAGUCUCCCCUUCCUUCCUCUGGCACCACCACAUCCUCCAUCCCCAACUUACACCCCUACCAGACCGAGCUAUCUGGCCCCUCCUUCAGCCGCAGACCCCCGCAGUACUCUCUCCCGACCCCAGAAGACUCGACGCGAAGCUUGCAUAAAGCCCUGGCUCUGGAGGGACUGAGGGACUGGUACCUGAGGAACGCCCUUGGCUACCCUCCCGCUGCCUCGAAGGGCCACGAGGCGGGGAUCUCGCGCCUCUCGCACCCCCACCCGCUGGUGCACCAGGCCCAGUCUGUUCAAGGGGAACCAGCCAACCUCCAAAGGUCUCAGAUACCCCAGUCAGCCAGCUUCCACGGUCACCCGCUGCAUGGAAGGUCGAUGGAGUUCUCUCUCUAUCAGGAGACUCCUCAUUCACAGAUGCAAGAGGUGACCCCAAAGGAACCCAGUGCAGACCCAGGCACCCUAGUCUGAAGCAGCAGAACACACAUACACACACACACACACACUACAUGAUCUGAGCAGAAACACUGUAGCCUCACACACACACACACACACACACACACACACUACAUGAUCUGAGCAGAAACACUGUAGCCUCACACACACACACACACACUACAUGAUCUGAGCAUAAACACUGUAGCCUCACAGACACCCACAUUCACUCAGACUCGCAUUGUCACACACGCACACACAGACGAGUUGAUACAAUGUGACCUCAACAGCAAAGCAAAACACGGCAACCUCAGCAGAAAGAGACUGGAAUAUACGACAAACUGUAGCUGUACAGUGUGAAAAAGCCUUGGCAAGUUCCCCGUGUUCUAACAGAUCCCACCAGUAUAUGGACUUCAAACCCAGUAUUCCCACGUGGAUGUGCACUGGAGUUGACUCAUCUGAUAACACUAUGGUCAUGCUGUACUUAAUAUAUCAAUAUUUCUGGUCCAACACGAGCAGUAAUUUGCUUCCUGAUAACCCUGAAAAGUCUCCCCAAGAUAUACUUUUUUACAGAAUAUAUACAACUCUAAAUUACUAUUUUGUAUCUUCUGAGAUAUAAAGAACAACUAUAUGAAAGAGGUAAUUUAUUGCUCAUUGAUCUUGUGAUACACAAAGAUGUGAGCUCACAUAAUUUGAAAAGCAUUAAUACAUGCCAGUGAAUGUGUGUUUGUAAACUAUAGCAAAAGUCAGUCUUCAUCUGCCGUUAAUUUCACAGCCAUUUGUAUUUUUUUCAUGUUUGAUAAAUGAGAGGGGCCAUGAACUGUAGUGUACCGGUGUAGCAGACGGGAGUGCCUACGUGUUUUAUUAUCCAAACUAAACCGUGGUUAGAAACCUUCAAAGUGCUUUCUAAUAAUCUGAAAUGCUAGCAUUAAGCCUUUGUGAGUAAAGUCUAAUCGAAAACUGAAAGCGGUUCAAGAUGUCAUGAAAUUAGGGUGUUUGGAAUGAUGUCAUAUAUAUUGUGAUUUUUCAGUAUGUUUUCUAGAUUCAGCUUAGUGCUGGCCAGUAAAGCUUUCUCUGUGCUGACCUUGAAAGAACAAUUAGACCAAACCCGAGGGCUGUUGUGAGACCUACUGUAUGGCAGUAGCACAUGAUUGUAUGACAACAAUUUACUCACAUCAAAUCCGUCUUUUCCUGCAUUUAGUUGUGGAGGAUUUGAGCGUCGUAUGGAGCACUUUAUGAACAUCUUAAGCCUUAAUUCCCUUUGAAAUUGUCACCAAGAGAGAUGUCAAGCAGUAGACAAGGUUUAUAAUUGGGGGAAGAAAAUAAGGAAAUUAAGUUUUGUCAACAUCUACUGAAGGUCUAUCUGAGAGUGAGUCUGUAUAUAGAGUGGGGGUGUACUGAUGAGUUUCAACUUUUAUUCCUGUACUAACAAUGUAAUUUUUAAACUAACCACAUGAUAAGUAUUUAAUCAAAAUCCCCUCCCAAGUGAGCACUAUUUAAUUGGUUGUAAAAAGUGAGGUUGGCGGUGUGGACAGAAUAGGGCUGCUGCAGUUUUGAAUGACGGUGUGAGCGGGUCUCAUACCAGUACAUUUGUUAAUGAGAAUUCAUGCUGGCUGAUUUUUUUGUAUUUGUAAUGAUUUCAAUGCAUUUCAUGUGCUUGGUUUUGUGUUGUUUCAAAAAAGAAAAAAAACGUUAAGUUUUUUUUCAGAGUAGUUAUGUGUCAUAAUAUAUUUCUAGGUAAUCAGUCUUAACAGUAUUGUAAACACCCGAAAGAUUAGAAUAAUUCAUGAAAUCCUCAAGGGAACUGAAAGUAAAUGUCUUAGUGUCGACAGAACAUUUUUAAGCCACCCCCCCCUGUUUAUUGUACUUGAUCUUUGGCCAUUUUAGAACUCAUUUGAAUGUAAUUCUUUACGUUUGUCAUAAAUGAUGUUGUUUUCUACUCUGUUACAAAGUGUAGCACACAGUGGAAUGUUACCUGGUUCCUCCUGCUGUCUGAUGUGUUCACAUCCAGCUUCAUAGAGCUUCUUCCUGCUGGUUAAAACCUGAAAUCAAAGACCAAACUGCUGUGCACUGGGGGUCGUAAAUGUAUUUUUCAUAUAAUGUACUCAGUAAGUUGAAAAUGAAUGGUAUAAAUUUAGCUCUAAAGCAAAUUUAUUCCAACUAUAUUAUAUUUAUGAACCUAUAACAUUUUGUAGCUAUCUACUGUAGCUCUUUCUCAUCAGUGCGGGAAUUGGUAAUGUGUGUUAAAACAAGUUCAUUCAGCAGCGUAACGUGUUCAUAUUUGAUUAUUCUUUUUUUUAUAUUUAAAUGCAGCUGUUUUCCCUUUCCCUCCUCUCUUCAUACCCAGGCCUGUGAAAUAAGACUAAAUAGGCCCGCCCUAUACUGUAUGUAUGAGACUGUGCAUUCACUCUCAAUAAAGUGUCAUGUUGAAAUGAA